AUGCAAGUGGCUGAAAUUUUGUCCGACAUCACAUCUUUAAGAGUUUGUGGCCAUUAUGAAGGACUUAACCUUGUGAAUGUGAACAAGAAUGUCGCUGGCACAGAUGUCUCCGAUACAAGGGUCGCGUCUACUGAAAAUCCUACAGCCGGCGCAGACAAAGCUGAACAGGCUAAGAAAGAUAACCUGCGGAAGGCAAAAGAGUUGGUCGAGCUUCAUUACGAAGUCAAGUCACGACAUGCCAAUGGCGAAGUCGAUCAAGAACUACGACAGGCUCGUGAAGGGGUCGAGCGGGUACUAAGGGAGCUUGCGUGA